CUAGGCCAGGAAGUGCGAGCAGUACAGGGAAGGGUAGAUUGAGAACAGCCUCUCCAAGGGGGGUGGGUUCCAACUUCCGGACUGCGAAAUCGGGUCGGGUUCCGGCGGGAUUUAUUUUUGCCGUUGAUCUAUUCCCCCUUUUUGUUUUCCGGCGUUAAAAAUGAAGGGCUCCGUCGCUCUUGUCGCCUCUCUGCUCGCGGCUUCCACCGUGACUCUUACGUCAUCCUCCUCCGGUUAUCGUGAAGUGAGACGCAACCCUAUCUCCGCCGCCGAGGGGCAUUCAUAUAAUUCGAGGUUUUCAUGGGAUGAAUCGUCGCAGAGGAGAGCAUCGGUGUCAAAUAAUGAGAAAUUUGUGCCAAAGUUUGAUGGCUUGAGGUUCAUCGAGACUUUAGUGACGGCUCACCGGUGAAGUCAUCGGAGAUCAAAUUCAUUAGCCCUGUGGCUGUUAAUUUUGCAGUUAUAGCCAAAAAUAAAGCGGAUCAUGUAGCGUUAGCCAAUUAGUUGAUUGCAAUUGGGAUCACCCUGCAUCAAGUUUUGUGAUUUGUGUUCAUCUCAUUCAUACUUAUGUUUCAUACUAUAUAAUUUAUAAAUUUUGAUUUUUGAGUUAUCA